GCGGCGGCGGCGCUGGGAGGAGCGCUGGGCCACAUCGAGAGGAGCUUGGCUGGGAGAGGCACGGCGUACCUGGCCGGGGAGGCUGAGUCGGUGGCGGACGUGGUGGUGUGGGGCACGCUGUUCCCUGUGCUCCGAGAUGAAGCUGUGCCUGUGGCUGAGCCGCUGCAGAGCUGGUUCCGGAGCAUGACGCUCUCGGAGGCGUGCAGGAACGCUGCCGACACCGUGCUGCUGCCGCAGCGCCUGCAGGAAUUCACGGCCUGCCUGCAGAAGCUGCCCCCGCCGCGGCCACCGCCGGACACGGCCACAGGCAGUGAGGAGGACGACAUAUCGGAGCAGGCGCUGACGGAGGAGGACGUGGCAGCAGCUGUGGAUGCCUGGAGUCGCGGUGCUGCUGCGCUGCCCAAACCCUGGAGGCCUCUGAAACCCGUGUUGCCGGUGGAGGGCAUGAGGAACGUGCUGAUCACCAGCGCCCUGCCCUACGUCAACAACGUGCCGCACCUGGGCAACAUCAUCGGCUGCGUCCUCAGCGCCGACGCCUUCGCCAGGUACUGCCGCCUGCGGAACUGGAACACGCUGUACGUGUGCGGCACCGACGAGUACGGCACGGCCACCGAGACCAAGGCGGUGGAGGAGGGGCUGACGCCGCGGCAGAUCUGUGACAAAUACCACGCCGUGCACGCCGACAUCUACCGCUGGUUCGACAUCUCCUUCGACUGCUUCGGCCGCACCACCACGCCGCAGCAGACCGCCAUUUCACAGGACAUCUUCCAGCGCCUGCAGGCCCGUGGCUUCGUGCUGCAGGACACGGUGCAGCAGCUGCACUGCGCCGGCUGCCAGCGCUUCCUGGCCGACCGCUUUGUGGAGGGCAUCUGUCCCUUCUGCGCCUACCAGGAGGCGCGCGGCGAUCAGUGCGACAAAUGCGGCAAGCUCAUCAACGCCGUGGAGCUGAAGACUCCUCGCUGCAAGCUGUGCGGUGGCAGCCCUGCGGUGCGGCCCACCCGGCAUCUCUUCCUUGACCUCCCCAAGCUGGAGGAGCGGCUGCAGCCGUGGCUGGAGAACUGCUGGGCCACGGGGAACUGGACGGCCAACGCCCGCUACAUCACGCGCUCCUGGAUCCGUGAUGGGCUGCGGCCACGCUGCAUCACACGGGACCUGCAGUGGGGCACACCUGUGCCUCUGGAUGGCUUCCGGGACAAGGUGUUCUACGUGUGGUUCGACGCUCCCAUCGGGUAUCUGUCCAUCACUGCCAACUACACGGAGCACUGGGAGCGCUGGUGGAAGAACCCGCAGCAGGUGGGGGCGCAUCGACGCCCUCCGCAAGCGCUUCGGGGGGGGGCAGGCAAAACCCCCAACCCCCCCACGCAGUCAGACCCUCCCUCAGUGCCAGGCACGGCUCCCACUGACCCCAGCCGCAUCCAGGAGCUGACAGAGCAGGUGGCCGAGCAGGGCGACUGCGUGCGGCGGCUGAAGGCGAGCGGGGCGGACAGGGCGCGCAUCGACAGCGAGGUGGGGAAACUGCUGGCCCUGAAACGGGAGCUGGCGCUGGCUCAGAACGCGAGCCCCGACAGCAAAGGGAAGAAGUAACACAGCGGGACCGCGCCGUGCCACGCGUGUAAUAAAACCCAAAUGCCGUACA